CAAUGGAAAGUAGUCAGCGCCUCUGUUGUUUGAUUUGUGUCAAGUAAAGUUGCAACCUGGCUUGUAUUAAAGAAUAAACUGUAACUGAUGGCUGAUUUGCAGGGGUCGCGGUGUUGGAGAUAGCUCAUCUACACCAUGUAUGCGACACCUGGAAGCGUUUUGGACACUGUCGAUUUUGUAACCGGAUUUUUGCUGAUUUUAUUUGUUGAAACUCAGGGAAUUCACGGGCAAGAAGGCGAUGGCUGUGGGCACACGGUGCUUGGCACUCAGAGUGGCACCUUGGCUUCGCGAAACUUCCCAGGCACCUACCCCAAUGGGACACAGUGCGUGUGGCGUCUGCAGGCAGCACAGGGGAGGACGCUGCGCCUGGUGUUCGGGGACUUUGACCUAGAAUACUCCCCCAACUGCAGCGCUGGCUCUCUCACCAUCACCCCCUCCAACGGGGCGCCCAGCCUGGGGCCACUGUGUGGGACGAUGCACAUGAUGGAGAAGAAGCUGGUUCUGAACUCCAGUGAGGCGACAGUGCGGUUCAUCUCCGGGAUCCAUCGCUCCGGUCGAGGAUUUGUGCUGUCCUACGCCACUGACCAGCAGCCAGACCUUAUCUCCUGCAUGGAGAGAGGAACCCAUCUAAGCACACCGCAGGUCAGCGCAUUCUGUCCUGUGGGCUGCCGGGAUGUGAGUGGGGACAUUUGGGGCCAAGCUGUCCAGGGCUACAGAGACACCUCCGUACUCUGCAAGGCUGCUGUCCAUGCGGGGGUGAUCUCCGACUCGCUGGGGGGUCCCAUCACUGUGUCCCGAGAGAAGAGCAUAACGCUGUACGAGUCUAGUUCUGCCAACGGGGUUCUUUCCAAAACGGGCUCACUCUCUGAGAAGAGGCUCGUCUUUAGCAGAGAGUGCCAGGAUGAGCUACAUGUGUUCCUCUUUAAUGCUUCCUCCUACUGGGAGGAAGUAGACAGCCUGGGCCGUCAUUUUGUGUGGUCCCCAGCAAACAAGGGCACUCGUAGCAUCUGGGCACCUAAGAGUGAUUCUGCAGAUCCAUGGCUCGAACUAGACCUGAGAGACAGGAGCAACAUCACAGGUAUCAUCACUAAGGGCUCAGAAGACCGGAAUGAUUUCUAUGUGAAGUCUUAUACUGUCCACUACAGCAGAGACCGCAAGCACUGGAAAGUGUAUAAGACAGUGGGCAGUAAGGAAGAGAGGGUGUUCGAGGGGAACUCGGACAGUAUUCACGAGACGCAGAACAGCCUCAUCCCAUCUGUGGCGGCACGCUACCUUCUCCUCCGGCCUCGAGACUGGCACAGGAGGGCCGCCCUGCAGGUGCGUGUGCUGGGGUGCCCGGCGCUGCGGACUCGCUCCUUCGCUUACAGCCCCCCAGGAGUGACCAGCACAGCAAUGUCACCUCAGGAAGUGACCACAUCCAAGGGCCCCUUAAUCAAGAAGACUCCAGACUCAGAGUCCAGUCGGCCCGUGAUAGUGGUGGUGGGGGCAGCUGUAGCUCUUGCAGUCUGUGUGGGUCUGCUGCUGGCGGGCAUCUGCUGGAAGAGAAGAAAAAAUGCUGCUGAAGUGAAGUGCUCCUUAGUAAAAGGUUGUCAAGGUUCAGCGGGAAAGACUCAAGACUGCUUCCACGGUAACCUGCCUCGAUCUGAAUCGGAGCUCAUUGCGUACCCUCUGGAGAGGGGGGACACCAACAAAGACCUGGCCAAAGCUGUUCUGACAGAUUAUGCUGAGCCGGAUCUCAUAGCAGCAGGACAGAAGCUGGGCUCCACUUUCCGUCCUGCGGCUGAUGAGGGCUACACAAUCCCACUCAUCCUGAACCAUUACGACGUCCCGGGGAAAAUCCACGAAUACGCUGAGCCCCUGCCCCCCGAGCCUGAAUAUGCCACCCCCUUCAGCGAGCAGUCUGCAGACCUUUUCGCCGCGGGCCCCAAGAAGAACAUCUGUGUGAUCCGAGUGGUGCCCCCAGCACAGGCUCCUAGGCCCUUCGUGAGCCAAGAGCCGUCCAAUGACUCUCCCAUGGAGCCUCAGUAUGACCGGCCAGCACAGCAAGGACAUAGCGGCUACUGCACUCCCCAGACCUCUGCCAAUGGCCCACGUAAAGCCAGCGUGGUAUAUGCUGAGCCACAACCAGCGUGCCAUGUGCCCAGCGACUCCCAUGGCCACAUGUAUCAUGAGCCAUUGUGAUGACAGCACGUUGAGUAAUGGACCAAUCUGGCUUGAUGUGCUGUACCUUCAAAUGUGCUGUAAUACCACAGCCUUGCUGAUCACUUACUGCCACUCCUGUGAUCUGGAAGGAAUUGAUAAGAGAGGUGCAGCGAGUAUCCUCACCGAUACUGAUAACAUGAAUACACUGACUCAAUCAGAGAGCAGUGAAGGUCCCUUUAGGAGGCCACAGUCACACAAUAUGUUACUGUUAUACUUUAUUUUAAGGAUCCACUAUAAGACUCCCUUUGAUCACCAAUCACAGACAGGAGUUCAAUGACUCCGGUGUACAGUAUCUGUGAAAGGAGGCACACAAUGAAAUUUGUAUUAAGCAACCAUUUGACUAUAAUGGCACAUCAUGGCCAUUGGUUAAAAGAUACUUGUUCAUCAUAUACAUUGAACACAUGCCUUGUUCAGUUAAGUGUCAGGGUUUUCAAAAAGCAUACAAGAGUUUUUGUAUUACAGUUUUGUGCCAUAAUAAGGCCAUGUUAAGCUUUUGUAAUUCGUGGAUCACCACAAUAAUGUUCUCAUUUAAUCCCCAGCUUUGUGGCAGUAGAGAACACCUAGAAUACAAUCGAGAGCAGACAGGUCCAGACUGGAAGAGGAGGAUUCCAGUAGUUCACAAAGGUGUCUUUGAAUUUGCACUUGCUUGUUAAGUACAGCCAGUCGAUGUUGUGGAGGCUCAAGGAUUGGAGUGGAGAAGGUCUGUGCCAAGCAUUUCCAUGAAACGGUACCAAUGUUGUACCAAAGCAUGUCAGAAAAGCCAAAAACAAAACCAUGCAAACUGGCCCGUCAGGCCUGCGGACUGGUCUGGUUCUUUGCAGAUUGAACUUUGGGGAGCCUCUAUGGAACACAUUUCAUAAGAUCUUGGGCAAUCUGGGUCGUACAGCACAAGUGUUAGGAGUUACUCAACAAAAGUAUAAUGAAGUGCUUCAGAUAUCCAAAUCACAUUUCAUAUGUGCCCAUUUUAAACACCAUCGAGCAUCGAUCCCAGGUAUGAGAGAUUACUGCAAUCCCAUUUUGAAACAUUUUUUUUAUCUCGAAUAUAAUUGAACACAGUACAAAAUGAAGGGAAAGAUUGAGGCUGAGCUGCAAUAAAAUGUGUUUUUUUUUUUAAUCUCACUGCACACUGCACUUACAACAUUUACACUUGAAUUGGACACACGGGCAAGAGUGUGCACUUUCUGGCCUUGCAGAGAAAAAAAAUGAAAUAUAAAAAAUAAAUCUCAAUGACUUACGAGCAAA